AUGGUGAGUCGUAGAUAUUCCGGCUAUCUGGCAGAUGAUGAGAGUCUCAGGGGACCUCAGCUGAGACAAGGAGGUCCCUGUGACUGGAGAAACAUCCUGAGGCCACCAUCCCGCUGCCAAUUCCGGGACCAGUUCACAGCCACCACAACUGCUGAGCUCAGAGCUUGCAGCCCAGACAAAGGGAAACGAAAACAUCGCUCCAGCAGUCAUGGCGAAAACAGCCACCUUGCCAACGAAUUCUCGGAGUUUGUGGAUUUCUUGGCUGACGAGGAGGUCCUGGAAAGCCUUCAGAACAUCGUCGAGGACGCCGUGCGGAAGCUGCGGCGAGUGACGACCGAGGACGGAGACCCUAUUUUUGAUGUCGAAGAAGAAUCCGGCUCCAGCCUGGACAGCCGGUCGUGGUCCUUCUCCUGCAGCUCGCAAUACCACACCACCUCGGCCACUUCCAGCUCUGAAGACGACUGGGAAGCAUGUCUCAUGAGCAGAAGGGAGCCUGGGCUCGAAGGGAAAAUGUCCCUCCUGGAUAAAUAUGCCGCCAGGCUCCCGAGGCUGGAUGAGAGGCCCAGGGAGGGAGUUUCCGGAGGAUUCCACGCAGAGACCUUUUCAGAACGAUCAGGGGACAAUUAUUAUUUCCGGCAAGAACACUUCCACAUUUGGGCCAAACUGGCAGAGUCUUUCACUAAGCUACAUUGCCCGCGGAGAGAUUAUUUUGCAAAGUUCAGGAAACAGACCCCAAAGCAGACGGCGUCCGUAGAGUCCCUGCACAAGGAGAUCACCAGUGUUCUGAAACGGCCCACUCCCUGCAGCAUUCCCUUGUACUAUCCAGGAAACGAACCUUUCUCAGCCCUAGAUUUCUUGGAAGAAAACAAAAUCCUCGCGGCUCUUCAAUGCAUAAUAAACCAAGCGGUCCUCAAAGUGCUGGAGGUGACCAUGACGGAUGGAAUCCCCUUUGUGACUGCUUACGACGAGCAAGGCCACCCUCUGAUGCCAUGGGCCUCUUCAAUGGAGGAGACCGAAGAAGGAGAAGAAGGAGAAGGAGAAGAAGAAGAGGGCUUGAGGAGCGGCUCAGUCGACUCCGGGAGCGGAGAGGACACGUCAGAAGAGGGUGACUCCAAAUCCGAAGAGGGGAAGGAGGGAGGAAAGAAGAAGAAGAAGAAGAAGGGGAAGAAGAAGAAAGACAAGGGGAAGGAGAAGGAGAAGGAAAAGGAGAAGGAGAAGAGGAAGAAAGCGAAGGCGGAAUCCCAACCCUCCCCAUCCCCAGAAGAGAAGGGCAAGCCAAAAUAUACACCACCACCCCUUCCGAAAUCUAAGCGGAAAUCUAUGGGGCCUGAGGAACCUCAGCGCAAACCCAAAUACGUGCCGCCUCCGCUGCCAAAAACGAAGCCAAGGCCGCCACCAGAGGAGCCCCCACCCAAACCGAAAUACGUUCCGCCCCCGCUUCCGAAACCAAGGCAGAAAAAAGACUCUAUCCAGUCAGUUGCUGAGUCCAAACAGCCUGCUGUCACACGGCGCAUCAUCAGCCCCAGCGACAUCAAGCGUGCCCGCCUGCAAGGCAAGCCCCUCCCGAAGCAAGCCAUCAUUGAUUUCCUGAUUGAAAACGCAGCCAAGCUCAUCUUGUACAAGUACAACUACGAAACCCUUCUUUCCGAGAAGCUGGGAUUCAUCUCGGUUCCCGUAACCAAGGUCCUGCUGGAGAUCAUGUUCGGCUACAAGAGAGUCAAGGGCAGCGGGAUACGGCUGUCGUCUCAAAUCGACUGGUCGAAAGUCAACGACGAGAUCUACGCGCCGCGCAAGCCGAGGCCCAAGACCCCGAAACAGAAAGACAAGAAGAAAGGCAAGAAGAAGCGAGUCCUCUGGGACCUGCAGAAAAAAACGGAGAAGAAGAGCGUCCUGUUCAAAUCUGACAUGCCCACUGGCAAAGUCGUGGUGAUGAAAAGCGCCGUGGAGAAGGAAGUGAGGUCAGGCAAAAUGCCAAGAAUAGACUCCAGUAGCCAGCAAGAGGGCAGCCAAGAAACAGAUAUUUAUGAUAUAGUUGCUUUUGGAGAGGGCGAAUCUGAGGAGAUGUCUUUAGAUGGCGAAGGACUUCCAGGCCGGUUUGCUUCAAGGAGAUCUAUCACUUCUGAGGACAGCAAGUCCUUGGUUGAGGCUCAAGAUUCGGAAGACCAGUCGCCACUCGCUGUGACGCCAAAGGCAUCGUCUUCUCAAAAAUUAAACAUAGGCCCUGACGGGACCAGAGGGUCGGGGACUGUUUUGCCCGAAGUAGGAGCUCCGAGUCAGUACUCUGGAGAACAUUUGAAGAAACAAUCGUCGUCUCGAAGGUCUAGCCUCAGCGGGGAAGGUAGCAAAACUUACCUGCCUAAAAUCUAA